UUCUACUCAACCAACCCCCACCAAUUAAGCUUUCUAUAUAAACAGCAUCUUCAUGUAACUAAGAAUUUCAUCUCCAUCUUUUUUUUCUUCUCUUUAAUUAGAAUUAUUUUUCUUUAUUAGUAGAAUUUUUGUAUGUACAAUUGACUAGUAGUGACCACACACUUAUAACAAAUAUAACCAUAUAGCAUAUAGAUUUGCAAAUUUAGAAAUUCAUUUCGAUCAAUUGAGGAUUUUAUAUGUUAAUAAGUCAUCUUCCCAUGGACACCGCCAAGUUCUCCGUAGUCCUACCUCGUGUCCUCAUCGUCUCUAGACGAACCGUUCGUAAGAACAAAUUUGUUGAUUUUGUUGGAGAAUAUCAUCUUGAUCUUAUAGUAAGCUAUGGAGCUGUCCCAGUUAUAGUACCUAGAGUUUCAGGGGUCCAUAUGUUAUUGGAAAGCUUUGAACCAAUACAUGGAGUACUUCUAUGUGAAGGAGAAGAUAUAGACCCUUCUUUAUACGAAGACGAAUCCAAUAAUCUAUCUCCUCAAGAAAUCGAAGAAAUUCGAAGACAACAUGUGAGUGACACUGCCAUUGACAAAGAAAAAGACACUAUUGAGCUGAGAUUGGCAAAGCUCUGUCUUGAAAGGAACAUACCUUUCUUGGGAAUAUGUCGAGGCUCGCAGGUACUUAAUGUAGCAUGUGGAGGAACUCUUUAUAGAGACAUUGAGAAAGAUCUCUCAAGAAACCUCCCUCAAGAUAAAAGGGUAGUUCACAUUGAUUAUGAUAACUAUGAUAAUCAUAGGCAUGUUGUCAAGAUUAUUGAAAAUACCCCAUUGCACUAUUGGUUCAAAGAUUCAUUAUUAGAAGAUAAUAAAAUGGAAAUUUGUGUGAAUAGUUAUCACCAUCAAGGAGUCAAGAAAUUAGCUCAAAGAUUUGUUCCUAUGGCAUUUUCACAUGAUGGUUUAAUUGAAGGGUUCUAUGAUCCUGAUGCUUAUAAUCCUGAGGAAGGUAAAUUUAUUAUGGGAUUGCAAUUUCAUCCUGAGAGAAUGAGGCAACAAGAUACAGAUGAGUUUGAUUAUCCUGGAUGCACUUUUGCUUAUCAGGAGUUUGUGAAGGCUGUAGUUGCUUACAACAAGAAGUUAUCACCAAGUGUCCAAAAACCCACAAAGCUUAAUCAAGAAAUGGAAAAAAAGAGGAAAAUAAUAGUUAGAAGUUUUUCUCUUGCUAGGAAUAUAUAUGAAGGAAGCAGCCAGAUGCAUCCAUCUAAAGAAUCUGACUUAGAUGCUGGAGCAGAGUUCCUAGAGUCAAAUACAGCAUUGAGUAUUCAGCAAGAGGCAAGGUUAAUUGAAAUGGGAGCCACAGUGAGAAUUGGAUGUUCCUACUUGGAGAAAUUGAAGAUGAAUGAGGAGAGAGAAGGGUUAGCUAGAAAGAUAAUGUUCAAAAUGUCUGUGGAACAGUUGUCUGAUCUCAAGUCUUUCUACAACAUGGUGGGACAAAUAUGUUCUGAAGUAUUAGAAAGAAAACUCCAAGAUAUUGUUAAUGAAGUUGCCUCUUCAUGAAUUCCUUCUUGGAUCCUUCUGCAUGAGUUUUUGUUUUUUAUUUCUUUGUUGUCAAGUUUUUAUGUACUACUCUUUUUUUCCUUUGUGACAUCACAUGAAUGGAAGUUAGUUUCUUUUUCUCUCA